GCUGUUUACUCAGUGAACAGACCUGCAGAUUUAUAGUCGUCCAGCUGCACUGUCGGGACAACAGCUGCUUCCCUCUCCAGCUUCUUCUCUCCUCCUCGAUUCACGUUUUUACGCACAGCCAUGAUUUUGACGCACAGGUGAAGGAACUUCGCCUCCGACGCGCGUCGACCACAAACACACACACACACACAAAAAAGAAAAGUGCCCCUGAAAGCAGAGCAUCUCCACACAGUCCUUCCCCCACUCCUCCUCGGAUCAGGGUCCAGCAUGUCCAGGAAGAAGGCGCUGAAGGGGAAAGGCGGCUCCAAGAGCCCCAAGGCGUCUCCGAGCAGCGGGCGGACGGGGAAGGGGCUGGCCGCCGCCGCCGCUCCCUCCUCCGGACUGGUUUACCCGAGCAGACCGUCCAUCAGCAACAGCGGGGAGUUUUACGACAUCGCCUUCAAGGUGAUGCUGGUGGGGGACUCGGGCGUGGGGAAGACCUGCCUGCUGGUCCGCUUCAAAGAUGGAGCUUUUCUGGCCGGGAGCUUCAUCUCCACUGUGGGCAUCGACUUCAGGAAUAAAGUCAUGACCAUCGAUGCUGUUAAAGUCAAGCUGCAGAUCUGGGACACAGCUGGUCAGGAGCGUUUCCGGAGUGUCACGCACGCUUACUACCGCGAUGCGCACGCUCUCCUCCUCCUGUACGACGUCACUAACAAAGGGUCCUACGACAACAUCCGGGCAUGGCUGACGGAGAUCCACGAGUACGCUCAGCAGGACGUGGUCGUCAUGCUGCUGGGCAACAAGGCCGACUCCACGCAUGACAGGGUGGUGAAGCGGGAGGAGGGAGAGAAACUGGCCAAGGAGUUUGGAGUGCCCUUCAUGGAGACGAGCGCUAAAUCCGGACUGAAUGUGGAGCUGGCCUUCACUGCUGUGGCCAAAGAGUUGAAGCACAGGACCAUGAAGGAGCCCGACGAGCCCAAGUUUCAGCUGCAGGAGUACGUCGACAAAGAAAUGAGAACCGUUGGCUGCUGCCGCUCAUAGACCGCCGUCUGUAUGUGGCAUUUAUGUGUGGGUCAUUGUGUGUGUUUGUGUGUACGAGGAAGAGAGAGUGAGAAAAUGAGUCCAUUCGAUCUCUCUUGAUGUUUGUAAUAUUCCUCUGUGACCUCUCUCUCUCUCUUCCCGCCCACCUUCUCCCCUUUGCAACUGUGAAUGUAACAUAACUGUGACAUCUCAUGCACACACACACACGAACACACAAGCUCCCCUUAACUCCUUCUCUGCAGUCUCCCAUGAGUGAUUGUACAUAUUUUGAAAUUCCGUUUAAUAUUUUGCUCUCAAGAAAAAGCUUUGCAACUUGUAAAUGCUCGUCUUGUUUCAAUAGAUGGACUAAUAUGUUGAAUAUGAAACCAAUCCUGUUGAAGUAAUAGAAGAACAUUUGUACAAACACACUAUUGCACCUACUAUAAGCUGUCAGACGGCACUGUGUGCUGUUUUUGUACAGGAACUCAUAUGGUUUAAUAUUACUGAUAUGUGUGUGAAAAUUUAUCCCUGCUCUUCAACUUUUCUACACAGUUUGCUAUAAGUUUGGUGUUUCAACAUGAACCUGCUAGUAA